ACACUUACGACCAUGUUUGAGGCAAAGCUACAGGAAGCUGCCCUGCUAAAACGACUCCUUGAUUCCAUCAAGGAGCUUGUCACUGAUGCCAACUUCGAAUGCAAUGAAGAGGGCAUUAACCUCCAGGCGAUGGACAACUCACACGUUGCCCUCGUUGCCGUCAAACUUGACGCAGAAGGUUUCAAGAAGUACCGCUGCGACCGUCCCAUCCCACUUGGUGUCAACCUCACAUCUCUUACCAAAGUUCUAAAAUGCGCCAAGGAUGACGAUAUUAUCACCAUUAAAGCCAACGACGACGCAGACAUUCUCAAUCUCAUAUAUGAGGCGCGACAUUCGGAUAGAAUUGCAGAAUACGACAUGAAGUUGAUGGACAUCGACGUUGAAAAUUUGAGUAUUCCAGAGACCGAGUAUGAUGCACGCGUCACUAUGCCUUCAUCCGAGUUUACACGCAUCGUACGCGACCUCUCCGUCCUGGGUGAGUCUGUAAAGAUCGAAGUGUCCAAGGAAGGAGUACGCUUUUCCAGCGAAGGGGAGGCUGCCAAUGCGAAUAUUCUCCUGAAACAAACGGAAGGAGCUCGUCGGAAGUACGCAAAUUAUGGCAAGGAUGGGAACGAGCCCAAGAGGGAAGAGGAUGAUGAUGAUGAUGAUGACGUAGAGGAGGGGAGCAGUAAAAAGAAUAAGAAGUCCAAGGUGAAGAGGGAAGAUAAGGACGUUGACAUGGACGCCGAAGAGGAAAACGGAGGAGAUGAUGAUGGAGAGUUCAAGGCAGAUUCCGACAACGAUGGCGAGGAUGAAGUAGAAGCCAAAGGCGAGGAAGACGAAGAGGAGUCCUCAAGCAAAAAGCGGAAGAAGGCUCCUGCAAAGAACGGCAAACCUACUAAGAAGGCCAAAAAGGCAGACGAUGUCCCUUCGGACGGCGGUGUCAUGAUUGAGAUGAAUCAGCACGUCGCACUAACAUUCAGUCUGAAGUACCUGGUGAACUUCUCAAAAAGCUCGGCCUUGUCAGACACCGUGCAGGUCAUGAUGAGCAAUGAGGUUCCUCUACUGGUCUCCUACAGAUUCGGACAAGGCGACAUUAGGUACUACUUGGCACCCAAGAUCGGGGAAGAAUAACAGCUUCAGCUGCUUCUGUAUCUUUGUAACCCUCGCAUUUCAGUUAUCUAUCAGCAAUUCAUCUGUGUAUCAUCCCGAACUCGAAAAGCAACAGAUACAAAAGCGAA